CACCUUACUCCCAAACCACCCCUUAGUUCAGAUGUAUGAGUAGGUCCAAUCCAGAUAAUUUUGUAUCUGGCUUGCUAUAAUUUAUGUGAUCGCUUUAGAACCGAUUUGAGGUCAGUGCACUCUAAAACUAUUUAAGGCUCGUGGGGUAACCUUAAACAUAAAUAACUUACUUGAAACGAAGUUAAGAAACUAUAUUAAUCAACUUGAAUAAAUAUUCGAUGGACCUCACACGUUAUGCGUGUGUAAAUAUAAUAAUUUAAGAUCACCAAGAUCAAUUCGCCAUGCAAUUUUUAGGUAAAGGUUAAAACUAAAUUAUUAUCAUGUGAGUGCUUUAAUGAGUGUGACACUAGGGCUGUAAAUCGGCUCAAACGGUUCAAGUUCGACUCGUUUUUAGCUCGUUCAAGCUCGAUUCCUAAGUUAAACGUUUUUAGUUGUUUUUAUAUUAUUUCAGCGGUGUGUAUAAUUUUCAUUUUAUGAGAUUCAUUUAAAAAAUGAAGUCGGACAAAGCUCAUGUUUAGUUUACAAACGAGCUCGAGCUUGAAUAAAUUAUUUGAGUCAAGCAUAAGCUUGGGGUUACGAUCUAUUUUCGAGCUUGAGCAGAUAUAAUAUUAUCUGAGCCGACUUUGAGCAUCUUGAUAUUCAGCUCAACUCGGCUCAUUUACACCCUUAUGUGACACCCCACCAUGGACUUUAAGUGAUUGAAGUAUGAUUAAUAAUGUGAUGAGUUACCCAACUCGGCUCAUUUACACCCUUAACAUUGUUCGCUGUUGACUCUAACUGCGGUUGUUUUUUAUUUUUUUUAUUUUGUUAAACGAUAAAUUUUGUUAAAUUAAAUGUUAAAUUAGAUAGCUGAUCGAGUUUGAAAUAGUAUAAGGAGAACACUCAUGUAGUGCAGCUUUUUAGCGGUAACUGAAAAAUUUCAAAGCAAAAUCCCGCGAAAACUCCAGCAACCCAAAACAGAUAAAGAUUUCAAAAAAACAUUGUUUUCGGAAACUCAUUUCCAGAAACAGGGUCGCCGUCCCAUCGUCUUCCUCAGCCUCCCUCAGUCGGCAUCUUCCGAAUUCAGAGACACCUACUCCCAGACUCGCGCUCUCGUCUAUCCUAUUGCUGCUAUCUAGGUGCAAAACUGUAAAUCUUGAUUGUCCAUUGUUGGGAUAACCAUUCCACCAGGUUUAUAAGGAACAUUUAUUUGGAUCCUGGGGUAGGGUUGGCCUUAUUUGGAGUUUCGAAGAUGUAUGGGACAAAUGCCAUCCAACUGGUCAAAGAAAUUGCAAAUGGCGAAAAGGGGCAGCUCACGGCUUUCAGUAGUAAUCUGUUCAAGGAUGUAAUUGCAGAAUGUAGUCAACAUUACGAAGAUCUUCAAAAGUCGUUAAGGAAAAUGCAGGAAGCAGGAAUAGAUUUCCAAACUCAAAAUGAGGACCAUUAUGGUUUCCUCAUCCACCACCUUUCUUUACUUCGCAAUAAACGCUGCUUAAUGACUUACAUGCACAGCCGAGCAGAAAUGUUACGGAAUCUCAUAUGGAAGGUGGGCUAUGAAAUUCCAGAAGAAAUUGAAGAGAAGCUUAGUCACACAGAGAAAGAGUACUUUAAGAAACAUUCAGAAGCUUUAAAAUCAUACAUGUCGAGAGUGGAACUCCAUUUGGAUAUGGAUAUGGUGCCCCCGAAAGACCCCUACAUCAAGGUGAGAGUCCUCGAUGACAUGGGCGAAGUACAAUUACCUAGCUUCAACACAGCCAAUUUUGCUCAGCACUCGAUGCAUUUUCUCAAAAGAACUGAUGCUGAGAAGUACAUCUCACUGGGGAAGAUGGAGGAGCUCACAGGGUGAUUUUACUGGCGCGACCUGCUAAACCAUUCUUCCUCGGACUCCAUAUAUUGUAUGAUGUUUGGUUUGUGGCUAUAUUGAUGAUUUUAUUCCUAGUUUUUCUUAAUAAUACCGGAAGUAUUAAAUUUGUGUAAGUGAAGUCAAUUUUUACUCAACAAGAGCAUCCAACGACUGCAUUCUCAUAACCUAGUCAAGUGAAAUUUAUCC